UGCACCAUUCCUCAGACAAAACCAAAGGGGGCAGCUUCACUUACUAGUAAAGCCGACUAUUCAGUGAGCUUCAUAGGGGGGUUUUCUUAUUUGAUUCUUGCAUGAUAACAUCUUCGCAUGUCAUAUUGCCUUUCUUUCUUUGAAUAACUUCUGAAAACUUUUGGCAAACUUCGGGCUCACUGGGCGGUGAUCAAGUCUCACUUCACAAAGUUUAUAGAGGGCUAAUACGCGGUACAAUGGAUGUCCUGGUGUUAGUGGCAUUCAGCUCCUGGCUGGCUCCUGCAUUGGCUUCAUCUGCAAAUGAAGACAAAGACUAUGACAGCGCGUUUGAGUACGAUUAUGAAUCUCUGAGGAUUGGAGGUCUGGUUUUUGCAGUGGUUCUCUUCCUGAUGGGUAUUGCCCUCAUUGUCAGCCGGAAAUGUACCUGUUCAAAGAGUGAGAAGCCAAGAUCCAGAGGUCCUGAUGCGGAAUCGGGAGCACCAAGGACCUAGAACAUCCAGAGGCAAAGAUCAGAAGAGAUCCACAAUAAUGACUGAUGCCACCAGGGGGCAGCAAACACCUUCACAGCUGAAGACAAUCUUUCCACAAACACAUGAAGCUUCUUUCUAUUUCAUUAUGUUACUUAUGUCUUUUAUAAUGUUUUUAUCAUCUACACCUUUUACUUUUGCGAUGAUGUGCCAACUUUAUAUGGCGUGAAUAGUGUGAUUCUCAUUUGUAUUUUUUGUGACUUUAAGUGUAAUGUCAAAUAAUAAAUCACAUGUUUAGAAA